UAUUCAUUCCCCCUUUACUAUCUUCUAUCCAUCAAUCGAUUCUUCUUCUGUACUCUUUCUGAUAUUCUCUCUCUCUCUCUAUUAUUUUUGUGAGAUUUUUCUGGAAAACUGAAAUCAUGGUUACUAAUACUGCUACUAAGACUGUGAAGAAAACUUCUGCUCCGAAGAAAGCUGUUGCGAAAUCUGCUCCUUCUCAUCCUCCUUACAUCGAGAUGAUUACGGAAGCUUUGGUUUCUCUCAAGGAGAGAACAGGAUCAAGCCACUACGCAAUCGCGAAACACAUCGAAGAGGAACAGAAAGUUCGCGACCUUCCUCCAAACUUUAGAAAGCUUCUCUUCAACCAACUGAAGAAAAGCGUUGCUUCUGGAAAGCUCGUCAUGGUGAAGAAAUCCUUCAAACUUCCACCAGGCACGUCCAAGAAGUCUCCAACCGCCGCACCAGCCGCCGCCGAGAAGCCAAAAGCCGCCAAGCCGAAAUCCAAGGAAGCUGCCGAGAAAAAGCCAACCAAAAAAUCAGCUGCCGCUAAGCCAAAAGCAGCCGUCGCUAAAACCAAGUGUACUACUACUGCAGCAAAGACUAAGGCGUCGACAACGGCGGCGAAGAAGCAGAAGGUGACGAUGAAGUCGCCGGCGAAGAAGGUUGCGCCGGUGAAAGCGAAGAAGCCGAAGAGUAUUAAGUCGCCGGCGAAGAAAGCUACUGCCUUGAAGACUGUUGCGAUGAAGAAGACUAACAAGAAGUGAAUGAUUAGUAAUGAUUUGAGUUUGUAAAUUUGUCGAUAGGUUUAAGUUUGUGUUUAGGGAAGGAUGAAUGUUGAUGAUCAUAACUACUUUUAGGUAGUUGAAAUGAAAAAUUUCUAGGGUUUGUAGAAAACUCAGACUUAUUUACUAGUUUGGUUUGUUGAAAUUAGGUUUAUCAUUUAUGAUUAGAUGGCUAAUCAUUUUACCUCAGUUUAGCUUAAUUGCUUGUUUUUAGUUCUUCAGUUUUAAUACAAAUCAGAGAUCUGGAUUUUCGCUAUA